AGAAGUGGGAUAAGUUACCAUUAAAUAACUCUGAGUGCCGUACUCAGAGAGUGUACUCCAUAGUCCCUAUAUUUUCUAGCCAAAAUAGGAAUAGCAGUUUUGGUACUAAAUAAGAAGAUGGCGCUGGUAUUAAAAAAGGAUACAACAAAUAGUAGCAUAUUCAUUUAUUUUACUUACCUACAUACUUUGUAAUAAAACAACCUUAACCUAUAAAAACAUAUAUCACAUUAAAUUAAACUUAGUUAUAACUAAACAAAACAUCAUAAUAGUAUGUAGUAAACUGUUUAAUUGCGCCAUCAUAUUUGCCGGGGAGAUAGCAUCCAAAAAUUAUGGUUCAAUCAAACAGCUGGAACUGACUUAUAAACGAUCCUUUUCAAAUUAUAUUAUUAAAAUCACACAUAUUGCACCUAUUAUUUUAGUGUAAAACAAAAUUAUUCUUAUACAUCAGUCCUCGUUAAAAAACCAAUUAUAAUUUAGGGUCUUAUUCUAGUACCCUUAAAAGCACACAAAGAUACUAAAUGCUUGCAAUAUGAGGGCAUUAAGUCCAGUAACCAUAGUAUGAGUUGGCUUUACGUUUAAAGUAAUUGAAAAGAGAGCGCGUUAGUCGCUCAGGGGCCGUAUUAUGAACUUUUAAACAUCCAUGCAAGUUCCAGGCAAUUCACUUCACGCCCGUAAACUGCCUGGCUAAAAUUCGUAUUAUGACAUACAUUUAUUAGGCCGCCUUCUGAAUUGUUUACUCUGUCUAUGGCUGGUUUGUAAUGUUUGCCGGCGACGUUCGGAAGUAUACAUUUUUUAUUUUCGGUAAGUUACGGUUUUCUUUUAGUAUUGAAACAUAAGAUAAUAUAUUUCCAAAACAGAAUAUAUCAUAAAACAAUACGUACUAAACAUAGUGAAAUAUAAAUUAAAUAAUAUUGACAUUGGAUAAUAAUUUAAGUUGGACUUGUACGUUAUGUGAUAUAGAUAUAGUUUUCGAACGCAGCUUGUACACUGCAGUUGAUUCAACUCAAUCAACGAGAGGCGGGAAUUACCAAGUGGUUGGUGGCAUUGUAUGUGCUUUGUUCAAAGUACGAAAUAAUGGCGUAAGUACUUUUUAAAAUGAAUUCGUGCAAUUUCAUAGGUAAAAUUGACGAAUACAAUCCUUUUAAACGGCUUUUUUUAAUUCUUACCUACUUAUUUAGUUUGACUUCGGAAAGUGGACCUUCAAAUCGUCGUCAACGGGUAACAGAUACCCAACUGGAAGUGUAGUGGGAGUUCCUCAACACAAAUAAGGAGGUGCGUUGGGGUACAACAAGAGCGCUCAUGCUCGAAAGCAUACCUACAAGGAGAAUGUGGGAAAAUGAAAAUAUUUCCGAGUUUUUGAAUGCGUAAGGCGAAGGCGCUGUGAAGAGUUGGAAGGAAUUGUGUACUGUGAGGAAUGAUCAUCAUUAUCAUUUAAUUCUACUUAUACAUUGAAAAUGAAACAAAAACAAUUACGUUUGUAUCGAUACAAAUGCGCGGCACCGGCACGUUUAAAAAACAUGGUGUGCAUAGGCCAUUAGAAGCAGUAGGCACUAACCUUUUAAAAACUAAAAAAGGGACAGGAGGAUAUAUAAAUAAAACACCAAUAUUAGUAUAAAAUAUGUAUUAUUCAUCUUCAAUAAUUAGGAGAAUGUCAUCUUAGAAUUGUGUAGGCAGUCGGGGUACGUAUAUUUUCUUGGUAUCUUUCCCAACUGAGAUACCAUAUUAUACAUGCUGUGAUGCACGCCACUGACGAAUAACUGAUAAAAUCGCCACAUCUUCCAAGACUCUUCUGCCAAUAGAGUUACUGCGACCAGUCGCAAUCGUACAAUUUACACAGCGAUCCAUGUCGUCAAUAUCCGAUUGAUAGGCUUAAACAGUUGUCCAAAAUAGAGAGUCAGGUAAUUUAGAGAUACAAGAUCCGUCAAAAGUCCUUUAUAAAGCCGAGGUCGUGGGGUUAAAAUAUAAAAUAUGGAAAAUACGCACUCAGAACGAAACACAACGAACGAGUGUCAUCUGUCAAUCGGUGACUGACUGAUGUCAGACAGAAGUGUUUUAAGAAGUUUAAAUCAAGGAGUACGUUAUACAUAAAUGAUUAUUUAGUUUUAUAACUUAAUUUAAGUUUUCUCGCUUCCUAUACCUAAUGCGCUCUAACAAGGUGCGGCUGACAGAUGCCAGUAUGACGUUGACGUCUCUCUUUAGGGAUGGACAUUAGAAAAAUCUUUUUUUAUCGCUAUCGAUACUCGCAGCAUACAUUUAAUUCUCUUGAAUUUUUUUAUGAAAUGUGUGUGUUAUUUAGUUGUGCAGUCUAACUACGUGUAUAUACUUGUCAAAAUAAAUAUUUUAUGACCGAGUCCUGAGGUGUUUCAGAGUUACAGUUUUACAGAACCGUGAAGAAAACAAGGAUAUAUUAGUUUGUAUAUGUUGGAAUAGUACCACCACGCAUUAUCCUAAUGUCUAGAAAAAUGCCUACUACAUAUUUCUGCUCAGAUAAUGUCACUGUGGUUGGGACAGAGAGAGCCGCGUCUACAGUGGAUUUACCCACAUAAUUAAAGGUUUUUUAAGAAUGAUAAUUGAACGACGCACGAUUUUCGUUUUUUAUUCUAAAAAAACAUCGACUACCUAUCCAUCGUAGCCGUACAUCCCAUCACUAAACACGACUAUGGCUUUACGUUAUACGCAUAACACUUUACUUUAUUUUUCAUUUCAUUAGAUUUUAAUUGAAUAUUAGAACAUUCCGGUUGGUUUUAUUUUAAUUAACUACGCAUUCGAAUGAUUUAACAUAAUACGAAUGUGAUACAGCUAAAAUAUUAAGGCAUAAUUUUUAAAUCGCAGCAACUUUCAAGAGUGAUACGAAACGUUACUGAAUCUGUCAGCCGCACCUUGUUAGAGCGCAUUAGGUAUAGAUAGAAACAAGGUACCAUAUUUUGUGAUUUCCCUUAGAAAAAUAUGACGGUUUUUUUAAUAUACAUUUCAACUAGUUAACUGCUGGGCCCAAAAGUCCCCUUCUCCUUUAUUUGCAAUUUUAUUCGGUUGCUACAAGUACUUGUUGAAUUUUUAUUUUAUUUUAAAAGCCUCUUCUGUUGAUGUCGAUGGGAAGUUUUGGCUGACAUCUUCUGAAUGUUUUUGCAAUUAAUGUUUUUGAUGUUUUUUUUAUGUUUUUUGCACAGACAUGAGGUUUAAGCACAUCGCAAAGAUUCGCACUAAAUCCUCGGUAAGAAUAUACCUUUUAACCAAUUCACGGUCAUCGAUUGAGAAUGGGUCACAUUGUUAGCGUAUUUUACGCUGUAUGGCCAUUUGGCGCCUCGGCUCCUCGUCACUACUUGCCAAAAAAUCAAUUAUUACCUAUUCCUCACACAUUAUGAUAAAAACACUAAAUAAAAACCCUAAAACAAACUUUUCAAGACUAAGCAAUUCAGUUUAAGCUGCAAGUAAGACGCUUUUAUUGAAUUGUUUUGGAAGUCGUAAUUUGACAACUAAAAUGAGAAUUGAAACGUCAAAAUAGCGUUCAUAAUACGCGUAAACGCCAGCCAGCCAGCCAAAAGUCGUGCAGAAAUCGGUUUGUAUUGUCACGUGACCACUGACUGGCUGGCAAUAGUGUUCAUAAUACGAAUUAGCCAGGCAAUUCAUUUCACGGCGUAAACUGACUGGAAAUAAGAGUUCAUAAUACGGCCCCUGGGGCCGUAUUAUGAACUUUUAAACAUCCAUGCAAGUUCCAGGCAAUUCACUUCACGCCCGUAAACUGCCUGGCUAAAAUUCGUAUUAUGACAUACAUUUAUUAGGCCGCCUUCUGAAUUGUUCACUUUGUCUAUGGCUGGUUUGUAAUGUUUGCCGGCAGCGUUCGGAAGUAUACAUAUUUUUUUAUCGGUAAGUUACGGUUUUCUUUUAGUAUUAAAAAAUAAUAAAAUAUAUUCCCAAAAUAGUAUAUUUCAUAAAACAAUACGUACAAAACAUAGUGAAACAUAAAUCAAAUAAUAUUGACCUUGGAUAACAAUUUAAAUUGGACUUGUACGUUAUGUGAUAUAGAUAUAGUUUUCGAACGCAGCUUGUACACUGCGGUUGAUUCAACUCAACGAGAGGCGGGAAUUACAAGUGGUUGGUGGCAUUGUAUGUGCUUUGUUCAAAGAACGAAAUAAUGGCCUCGACUUCGGAAAGUCUACCAAAUCGUCGUCGACGGGUAACAUAUAACCAGCUAGAAGUGUUGUGGGACUUCCUAAAUACUAAUAAAGAGGUGGCGUUAGGAUAUAAUAAAAGCGCUCAUGCUCGGGAACAUUCAAGGAGGAUGUGGGAAAAUGUUUCCGAGCAUUUGAACGCGCAAGGUGAAGGCGCUGUGAAAAGCGGCAAGGAUUGGUGUACUUAUUGGGUCGACUAUAAAUCGAAAUUGAAAAGAAGGGCGUCAACAGUCAGACUUUCGCAGACUCAGACUGGUGGCGGACCUCCAAGUGUCCCUCCUCUCAGCGACAUUGAAAAAAAAUUUAUAUCAAUAAUGGGUGAGGGUUAUGGUAGUGGAUUACCUAAUGUACAGGUGGACCCUUUUGCUCCACAAGCCAUCACUAGCUCUGCUGCAGCAACAGAAGGGGCUAUGGUUGUCUGGCCUGCAGACUCACCUAAUUUAAUUGAGAGUAUAUCACGUCAGGAAGAGGUACCAUCGCCGGCAGCGGUGCCACCAGUAAUACCACAGCAGGAGGGGCUACCAACACAGCCUCCUCUGGUACAACCUCUUCAAGGGGAAAUACCACUCCCUCGCUUAGUACCCCGUGUACGUUCACGCCGGCGACGUGGCAUGAGCAAGGAGGAGGCUCGCCGGCAACUCGUACAAUUAAGCCAAGAAAGAUUGGCAGUGGACCAAGAAAGAUUGGCAGUGGACCAAGAAAGAUUGGCAGUGGACCAAGAAAGAUUGGCAGUGGAAAGAGAAAAUGCAGAAUCAUUAAAACAAAUACUUAUAGGAAUUAAUAAAAUAGCGGAUAAAAUGGACAGAAGAACGGGAGGCAGAGAGACGAGUGACGAGGGCGCUUCUAGCAGCUAAGCCAUCUCUCAACUCACGGGCGCUGCCUGUUGCACCCUGUGCAUGGUGAGGCUGUGACUGCUGCAUGCUUGCUUCGUACACCAACUCCUCCUCUGAC